GGCAUUUUGUUUCUUUAGAGAAGGCUUUUUCGUUUCCCUCCUUCCUCGCUGCCUCCGUCCUUUUUUCGACAUCUUCCAGAGAAAGUCGCGCAUGCGCGUGCUCUCAUCACGCGGUGCCAGUGCGCGUGGUACCCAUCUAGAAGUCGGCGAGUUGUCUUGGGCGUUGUCACUUUCCGAGCUCGUUUUUCUUUUCUUUCUUCUUUUCCUCCUUUCUUCUGGCCGUUGCCGCUGGCUUCUCCAAUUUUUCCUGCUUCACUGCCUGCAAGUUUCACCUUGCUGAUACCCCGGCGCAUCCCUCCCUCCUCCAGCGCCGGCUGCUUGUGUCUCCACCAACCGUGGCAAAGCAGGGCGUUUCUUGACAGAUCCCCGAGAGAGAUCGAGGCAAACGAGAAAGAAAAUCGCGAGAACAGAAGAAGAGGAAAGGAGAGGAGGAGUGAAGAAAGAAAAGGACAAACGAGGCAGGAAGGGGAGAGAAGGAGAGAAAGACCCUUCGCGACGCGGAGUCUGUCGAGGUCCAGUGAGUCUUCGACGCGGCGACUUCACUGCAUCGCUUCUUGUUGAAAAAUGUUGAAGAAAGAUCAGAAAGUGUGAAUUAAAAAUGCUUUUAAAAAGACACACACGUGGGCGUUUCUCUGGCCGAGCUGGAAAGUGGAGAAAGAGUUAGGCGUCCAUCUCUUCAUCUCUGUCGAGACAUCCGAGACAGUCCCGCUCUGUUCGCUUUGUCAGCGGCUGCAAGAAACGAUCUUUUUUCGGAAAAAUCGCCUCUUCUUGGAGGACAUCUCCACGUUUUUUCUCCUUUCCUUUCGGAGCCUGCCAACGAUAUCUUCCAUCUCCUUCCUUCUCUUUGUCUCCUCUUUGUCUCCCUUCGCUAUUCGUAUAGGAAGAAACCCGGUUCCUCCCUUUUUUGGUGUCAAGAGUCGUUUCGGAGUUAGGCAAGAUACCUUUCUCCAGCACUGCGACUGCUCCGGCAGCGAACAAUGCUCAUCAGGCUCAGGUUCCGAGGAAUAUACGUUUCUCUGCCUUCUUUUUUCGCCUUCUCGGAGUCGCUGUGUGAAGGAAAGUUUCGCGUCUCUUCGCCCAGGCCACCAUGCCGCCUCUCCCCCCCUACCACGGCACUGCGGAAUGCAGCGAAGUCAACUCUUCGUUCUCAUCUCGAGAAAACGCUCCUCCCCACAGCGCGCGUCCUCCAGCCUACAAUGAUCACUCGUCCUACCAACUCUUCCACGGGCCGUCUUCGUACAGUCGACCUCCUUCUUCCGCUCAUCCGUCUGCCGGUUCUUCGGAGCACCGUCCAGAGACUUCUUCGGAGCAGCCUCCCCCCGACUUCCCUCCGGAGAUUUCCUUCGCGUUCCUCGUAAAAUUCGCCGACGCAGCGUUCGCGCUGCAGCAGCAGAAAGGCGGCGCCUGCCCGUCUGCUCAAGAGCUCCUGCAACUCGCUGACCCUCUAGAACCUUGUCUCCUCUGCCUCGCUGCUCUCCAUGCAAAAAAGAAAACCAUCAUAACUGUGUCUGAUGGAGUCAGUUGGUGUCGAAUUGCGUCCACUCAACUGCCGCCUCUCCCGCCAGGUUCCUCAGACCCGCCGACGGAAGAAGAUUUAAAUGCGGCGGCUCUUGCCCUCUCCGGCUGCAUCGUUCGCCUUGGAAAUAUUAGCAUCACGCGAACUCCACGAGGAAAGCACAUCAUCCUUGCCCGAGCUUUCCAAGUAAUCUCUCAAAAUUGCCAAGCCCUGGCCGAGCGGCUGCAGACCCAAAGGCGCCCAGAGGUAGUCUUUCCUUCCCUCCCAGAAGGCGGACACACAGCACCGCCGUCCUCUUCUCCUCCUUCUUAUCCUCCUCCUUCUUAUCCUUCUUCUGCUCCUCACCCUUCAUCUCAUCCGCCUCCGUCUUAUCCUUCUUCUUCUGCUCCUCACCCUUCAUCUCAUCCGCCUCCUUCGUAUCCUUCUUCUUCUGCUCCUCACCCUUCAUCUCAUCCGCCUCCUUCGUAUCCUUCUUCUUCUGCUCCUCACCCUUCAUCUCAUCCGCCUCCGUCUUAUCCUUCUUCUUCUGCUCCUCACCCUUCUUCUCAUCAUGCGUCUUCUUCGUAUCCUCCUUCUUCUCAUCCUCCUCGCGCUUUCUCUCGAGAUGAAUCUGUUCGCAAUGCACCAUUUCGACAAGCAACAGGCGAGCCGGAAGCAGCGGCCGCAGUAAGAGGGGAACUGCGGCAGUUUCCCGGCCAAGAGCCGAGGUGUACAGACACCCGACAGGCGCCCGCAGUGCCUCCGGCCGGGCACCAGCUGUACGGACAGCAGAGCAGAGGCGCCGACGAUCUGCAAGCUCCAGCGGGACCGCAGAGACACCAAAGCAGUGGCAGCCACAGAAGUACACCCUAUCCAGCAACAGGACAGCCACAGCAGGGACAGCACGGACUGCGUCCGAUGGGGGCAGAAAGUUUCAUUCCUCUCAAAGAUUUGACGGCGUAUGUCGCUAAAUGGACAAUCAGAGCUCGCGUCGAUGUCAAAGGAGACAUUCGAAAGUAUAACGGCGCUCGGGGACCCGGUCAGCUCUUCAAUGUUGAGUUGAAAGACAAAGACGGAGAAAUUCGAGCGACGUUCUUCAACGCUGCAGUCGACAAGUGGUACAAUAUUCUCCAAGAGGGAAAGGUUUACUAUUUCCGCGGAGGAUCCGUGAAGCCCAAGAACCCUCGCUUCAAUCACACGCGUCACGACUACGAACUAACUUUCGAUGAAAAAUCUUCAAUUGUAGAGGCAGAAUCAGGCGCCGAUAUUCCCUCCAUUUCCAGAGCGGAUCUGGUGGACAUCCGCGGAAUUGAAGAGAAGGAAGUGAAUUCGACAGUCAGCCUGAUUGCGAUUGUUCACGAUUAUAGGCCUAUUCAGUCCAUCACCAUCAAAUCAACGGGGCAGCAGAAGCCGAAGCGUGACGUUUUUCUCGUCGACGAGGGAGGUCGGUCUCUGGUCCUUACUCUCUGGGGAGAGAAAACGGAGACUCUUCCAGAGGAGCAACUUUGUCAGAAGCCGCUUGUUCUCCUCAAAUCGGUGAAAGUCGGCGACUGGAAUGGGAGGAAACUCGAUUCGCAGGGAAACACACGCGUCGAACUCUUCCCCGACGGCAACAGAGCCGCGGAGGUUCAAGACUGGUGGAACCAAGAGGGAAGUCGACGCGGGAGCUUCGCGUCCCUUUCUGGCGGGGGGUUGGCCGUUGGGCGCAAAGAAAUCCUAAAAUCGCUCGAACAAGUUGCACAGGAGGCGGCACAGGCUGAAGCUGCUGUUCUGUCGGACAAAGGCGUCUACGCGACUUCCUGUGCCCUCCUGGAACGCAUCGGGGACGACCGAUUUUCAUGGCCAGCCUGUCCGGAUUGCAGAAAGAAGAUGAACGAGGAGAUGCCACGGUGCUGGCAGUGCCCGAGUUGUCGAAAGCAGUGCGAGCAACCGAAUCACACGUACAUGUUGAAUUUGUCUUUGAUGGAUUUGACGGGGUCUCUUCGCUGCAGCUGCAUCGGAGAAAAAGCUGAAGAAUUCAUGGCCAACACAAAAGCUGAAACUGUGCUUCUUCUCGCAGAACACAGAGCUCUUGACGAACAGGGACGCUCCUUCCAAGACAUUUUCGCUGACGCGAAUCUCGAGGAGUGGAUCUUCCGGAUUUGCUCGAAGUACGACUCGUGGAUGGAUGAAGUAUCGAUCAAACAGAGAGUGGUGGCUGCAGCGCCUCUGUUUCGCAGAGUCGGCGAACAAACGCAGCACCGUCUCGACUUCGUUCGAACUGCUUUCCACCAUUUAAACAUUCCUUUACCUUGAGAUGCCGCUCUCUCGAAAGCAUCAUGGCCAAAGAACAAAGGCGCAGAUAUAUAUAUAUAUAUCUACAUAUUUUUUAAUAUUCACAUUUAUAUAUAUAUAUAUAUAUGUAUAUAUAUAUAUAUAUGUAUAUAUAUAUAUAUAUGUAUAUAUAUAUGUAUAUAUAUAUAUGUAUAUAUAUAUAUACUUGUGUAUUGGUGUCUGUGAGAAGAGACAGAGCACAAGGGUACACAUGUUGGGUGGAAAUGCGAUGACAUUUGAUUGGGACUGGGCCUUUCAAUCUCUCGUGUAGGGGUUGUUUUGCGAGUGGUCUCGUGCUUCGUCUUGUUUUUUUUCGUCUGCAUGCAUGCAUGCGGAUUUCUCUGGGACGUGAGUGGAAGAAACCCAAGACUUCUUCCCCGCCCUCGGCCUCUCGACUCCUUUCGCGUUCGCGGCUCUCGAAGUGCAGCAACGGCGAAGAAGGGGAAGUUCAACUCGGCCUCUGAGUUUUUUCAUCUCUCCAAGUGUUGCAUGAGGCCGUUGUCGAACUUCGUUUUUCACAAGAAAGCCUUGGAGGCUGGAGUGAUGACGGUGCACAUGUUUCUCGUUUUUUCCGACGUCGACGCAUCUCUUGACACCGCUGUUCCCCAGAAAAAGGUAGUUUAUAUAAACCUAGGAAUCACGCAGAAAACAGACUGAAUUGACAGUAGUGGUCGCUGCAUGGACAGUGAUGUGUCUGUGCGCGUAUACACAACGCUUUUGGAACUCGUUUCUCCGCGCCUCUUUGUCCUUUUCAAAGACUUCUCGGCUGAGUCUCGGGAAACAGGACGCAGGGAGCCGCCAGGCCUCUCA